AUGGCAUGCAUGGAAAAGGAGGAUAGGACAGAAAAGAGAGUGAGCUAUAAAGAAGCAAAGCGGGCGGCAAAGAAAGCGGUAACGGAGGCAAAGAACCGUGGUCAUGAGGACUUGUAUCGGAAACUUGAUACCAAAGAGGGGGAAAAGCAGAUUUUUAAGUUGGCAAGGACUAGGUCCAGGCAGCGGCAAGACUUAGAGGCAGUGAAAUACAUCAAGGAUGAGGGAGAACGAGUUCUCCUGAGACAAGAAGACAUCAAAACCAAAUGGCUCCAGUAUUUCUCUCAGCUACUCAAUGAGUCUAGGGGGCUAAAGGAGACGGAUAAUCAAAUUUUUAAUGUCCAAAGACCACUGGAAUAUGGUUCAACGAGUGAUAUUACUAGAGAAGAAGUAGGAGAAGCUCUUAAAAAGAUGGGAAGAACAAAGGCAAUCGGGUCAGAUAACAUCCCGAUUGAGAGUAUCAACAAGCAUUCAAACACCGGUGGGGAUACAGAGCCUUUUUUAGGUCACAGUUGGACUACAUUAGGAAUUGGCUCUAAGCCCUUUCAUUUUUACUGUCAUUAUGGAAGAGAUUUCUACAUCUAUUUUGGAGACGGUACCGUGGUGCAUGCUAUUCACUGA